GGGAUUCAUUGGGAAUGGUGUAACCUCUUAGUGCACAGGCGAAGAGCUGAACAGGGGCUUUAGAAGACAACACGACUGAAAAACAGCAGCGAGGGAUAAAAAAAAAACACGACAAGGAGGCGAACGACCUUUACUAUCUCCCAUCUAAAGAGGGCGUCAGUUUGACCGGCCUCUUACAAUGCCUCUUCUGAUGUUGGAGUAAAAAAGAAGCAUUGGAAUCAACAAAUUAUGACGCUAAACGCAAUGCAGCUCUUAAAGUUCACUUGGCUUCUCAUUGUUUUCAUGAGCCUUUCCUCUUGGGCAAAAGAUGUCAUUCCCAUACCCCAGCAAGUGAGUCUGUCUGAAAACUUGAAAACUCAGCAAGUCUCCAUUUCCUGGGUUGGAGGUGAAGCAACGACCUUUGACCUCCUGAUUCUACGAACUGAACUCAAUGAUACAGUUUUCUAUGAAACUGUCACUGUAGCUGCAGAGGCCAGUGGUCAAUCCAAGUUCCUUUGGACAUCGGCCGAGCCCCUGGAGUGCACCUCACUGUCCUUCAGGGUCCGGUCCAGAAGUGGUCAGCUGACCAGUGAUUGGAGCAGUACACAGAUACUUCAGGGAAAUGAUAGUCCCACCGAUGAGAGAAUGCAGGCUUAUCCCCAGGACAAGACUGUGCCUGCAGGGUCCAACAUUACCUUCUGUUGUAUAAUCGGAGAGGGCAAGUCAUUUGACAGUUUCCACUUUAUCUCAGAAUCGAUUAAUGUGACUCGUCUGAGCAGACGUACCUAUGCUGCCACUGUCUACAACCUAAAGCCCUCCCGCUCCUAUGGACACAACGCCUACUGCAAAGGAAAGACUGAGGCUGAACUCUAUGGGGCUGUGAUCUUUGUUGGAUAUCCUCCCCUUUUCACUGACUUUAUUUGUGAAACUCAUGAUUUGACUUCUGCUGUUUGUCACUGGACUGAGCCACGAAAAACACAGCUGCUUGGCAGACGGCAAACUCGCUACUCCAUCAAUGGGAGAAACUGUUCAGUGGUCCACUUGGAGCAGAACCGAAAGCAGUGUAGCUUCCCACGUUGGGAGGAAAACUGGAAACUGUUGGGCUGGAACCCUCUGGGAGAAUACAGUCUGACCGACAUAGCUGAUGUCCGCUCCAGAGUUGUCCCACUGCCACCAGAAGAACUCAGCACUGUGGCCAAUGCUCGUAAUGCAACGGUGACAUGGCAGUGGAAACUCAAUCACUAUGUUUCGCUCCCUCUUGUUUGUCAAGUGGAGCUCAUGUCCAGCGAUGACAAAACGAAGCGUACCUUCUCUGGUGUUGGUUUGCGGUCUGCUACUCUCUUGGACUUGUAUCCUUAUGAAGAGUACAGCGUUAAAGUCCGCUGUGGAGCUCAGCAGAAUUUCUGGAGGUGGGGAAACUGGAGCAAAACCAUUUCCUUCCAAACUGAUAGUGAAAUUCCAAGUGCUCCUGAUGUGUGGAUGUGGAUGAACGGUGACACCACUGGACAGAUAUUAUGGAAGCCAUAUGAACCAAGAAAGAGCCAUGGUCCCAUCGUCAGUUAUGAGGUGACUCUGUGGAGCCCUGAUGACAUCACCCGGCACACACAAAUCGUUUCCCCGGAGACGUUUGCGAUGCCCGUCAACCUCUCGGGCAUUAGCAUCAACAACACCAAAGUGAUCGCAAGUGUUGUCGCCAAGAAUCCAGCUGGGCUCUCACCACCUGAAAGUUUAGGCCUGCCUCUCCAUGUGAACGAUCUGGAUUCAGAGGCUAUCACCAAAGUAGAUUUCAGAGAGGGGGCGUUUCCUCUGUCCUGGCAGAGCGAUGCCAACAGUAGCUGUGGUUACAUUGUGGAGUGGUAUGAGGCCUCGUGCCAGCGUGACUGCCCUGUAGAGUGGAUCAAAGUGGGAGAAGAAAUCACCAAUGUGUCCAUCAAAUCAGAUGCCUUCGAGCCAGGCGUGAGAUACUACUUCUCCCUUUACAGCUGCUCAUCAGAAGCCCCAGAGUUACUAAAGCGAUGGGAAGGAUACACACGGGAGCUGGCUCCUUCCAGUUCUGUGCAGCUGUCAACCGAACAACAGGACUCGGAUAUUCUAAUCUCAUGGAGCGAAAUCCCGUCAACCCACCGAAGAGGUUUUCUCCUUGGAUACAAUGUUUAUUUGAAUAAUGGCUCCCAACUCACAAAACUUGCCUCAUUAUCAACCCAGGAAAACAGUUAUACAGUAAAAGGCUUUCCUCUAGGCUCCUAUAAGUUUACUGUGAAGGCAUUUACUUCAGCGGGGGAGGACACUGGAGGGACGGCUUCAAUCACACUAGAAUCAUCUGCUGAUUGGCUGAUUUUUGAAAUUCUGGCAACCCUGGGAGUCACAGCGUUAGCCCUGAUAAUUGUAACGUUUGUCUGCUACAAGAAAAGGAAAUGGGUAAAAAGUGCAUUUUAUCCAGCUAUACCAGAGCCCAAAGUGCCCAGUGAUUGGUCCACGCCACACGGGACACUGGAUGUAAAACCUUCUCCACAUAGUAUGGUUCAUAUUGUGGAAAAACCUGAGUGGGACUCCAGUAAAGAGGUUCUUGUGGUUAUACCCGAAGAAGACGAGGAUGAUGAAGGCCAGGGCAUCCGAGAUGAACCAGUCGACACAGAUGAGCCGACAUCAUUACGCUAUUACAACCAAGUGGUAGACGAACGACCUAUAAGACCGCGUUACCCAGACUCCUCUGCUUCCUCUGCAUCAUCAAUGGAUUCUGGCCGCACGGACGUGACUUACACUGGUAUUCAGACGUCUGGAUCUUCUUUGGUCUUCCAGUCCGAUUCACAAAGCUCCUCCGACCAGCCCCUAGUUGUCCCGGAGAGCUGUGGGGGGGCAGAUGGAGGUUACAGGCCUCAAAUGCAGCUUCCACCUGAAAAUGACAAUGCUAGCUUAGCUCAAUCUCAUUCAUUACCAGAGUCACAAGCUUGCAGAUCAGGUGGGUACAGACCUCAAAACAACUGGCAGCUGGACUCUCCCGAUGAAGCGGAUGAGCGUCGUAGUCUCGCCCCCUCUUUGGGAUCUCCUACUUCUAUUGCCUCCACUCAGUUCCUCCUUCCUGAUCAAUCUUCAGAUGAACUAGCAGAGGAGAAGCACCAGUCCUCUGCAGCAACUUGGCUCACUAACUUGUUGUCUACCACAAAGCCAUGAUUUUGUAAUUUUUUUCUCUCCCUCUCUGUCUCCCUCCCUGUUUUGGGCUAGAGGAGAACACAGGGUUUCUGACACCCACCUCCCUUUACCAACAUGCAGUUCCAACAACAGGUCCCACUAAUGUAGCUCAUUAAGAUUGCACUUCGAAGGAUAUAAACAAAUGUGUUAUUUCAGUGAAAACACUACAAUGAGUUUUAUGGCAGAAAUUCAAUUGUAUUAAGGUCCCUGUUAUAUUUUUAUGAUGUAUCUUCUGUGUUUUGUUGUCACUACAUCUCUUACCACUUGUAAACUGACUGGAAAUGAGAGAAACUGUAUCCAAAAUAUGUAGGAUUGACAAAAGGGAGUGCAAGUAGGGUAAAUCCUUUGCCGUUUCACCUUUUAUGUUUAAUUCUGUGUAUUUUUAAGAUGACAUAAGCUACUGAAUGAUACAUUGGCUUGUAAAAUGAGUCUUGGUUACUGCAGUCAAGUGGUGCUCAAUUGUGUCUGGAAUAGAGUGACGAACCCAGCGCCCAAUGUUGAAUAAGCUACAACUCAAAUGUUUUGUUUUGUAAUUUUGUCUUCCGUCAUAUUUUAUUUUUUUAUAAUUAUAUUUUUGUGUUCUUUCAAAUUCAGGCCAGUGUUCAAUUCUGAUAUGCACUUUGUCUAGUAUUACCCCACAAUACACUGAAAAUCUGUCUAAUUUGCCUUAUGCAAUAUGCUUCCAGUUACUUCCAGUUCUAUGGCUUCCUCUUAAAAGCUUCUGAAAAUAAAACGUUAUAUAGAUUGUUAAAGUGAUAAGAGAGAGAAUAAGCAUUAUGAAUGUUGUAUAUUUUACAGAUGUUGACCAUUUUGGUGUUAAUCAAAAUCUGUGCAAUUACGUAUCAGCCCCAUAGACUAUAUAUAAAUGGACAUGGCUAACGCGCUAGCCGCCGCAUUCCAAAUAGGAAGUGAUCAUAGAAAACUGUUGCCCCUCCCUCUGUAAUUACUUCUGUCAGGCUCGUCAUUUUGGUCUUAAAACAUUCAUAUUAACCCGCUCUAAGUGAUCUUGGUAUUUUUAUUUUGCUUUUGUGUCCCUAAAUCAAGAUAUGAACAUUAAUAAGAGACAAAUUAGCUGCCUUCUUUCCCCGAGGUCACUCCCGCUAGUGUUGGCAACAGGUUUGAUUGACAGAAUUGCUAACUACAGUAGGGGACAUUACCUUCCACAGUUUUGCUCCAGAUUGACUCUUUGGUUGCUGUGAUACUCGUGGUCAGAAAUCCAAAUACGAACCUGGCCUCAAAUUUGCCCCUAUAACUGCUAGCCUCGCUGAGCUUCUUUUAAUUGGAGCCAAACGUUAUGGGUGACUUGGUUCACUUCUUUAUACAGUCUAUGGUCAGCCCCCUAUUUACCUUCUUUAAUAUUUAGAUUCCAGUUGCACCAAUCAUUUCUGUUAUGUUCAGAUAUUUCAAACAAUUUAUAUGAGUCAUCACCAAGUUGUCAUAGUGAACAGGUCUAACUGAUUCAAAUAAUAAUUUUCUAUUGGUUUUGGGAAGACUCUUGCCAGCGAAGAAGCUUUAAACUACUGUGAUGUUAAAGGUGACGACAGUAACACUAUAGCUGCACUGGUAACUGACUGGCAGGGACACAGCGUUGACUACUGAAACAAUGCAUCUCCUUUUUGGUCAAAUGGUUCCUAUAACGCUGAUCUUAUGAAAAAGACAAAUGCAAUGUAAAUUACUGGCUCGUUAAUCAUUUAAAGAUGUACUAUGUAACAUUUCUGGUGGGAUCAAUUGCUCAAACAUACCUGAAAGCAUGCAGUUUUAACCAUGAGUGGGGCUCGCCUCUCCACAGAUCUGACUUCUAACUUGGCCCGGUAGCUCCACCUGCUUCUCUUCAUGGAGGUAGAUGUUUACUGGCAUACUGUGGAACAUUCUAACCAAAGUUGUAACAUCCCAUUGAAGAGAAGUAGGUGGCACAUUAUUUUCCAUCAGAAAAGUUACAUACAGGAGCUUUAAAUGAGGAGUUUGAGUGAUGGCAGUGGAUUGGUUGGGUUUAUGGGGAUUAGUAGUUACAGAUAUGUUUUUCUUCAAUCCCUUGUCUUGGAGAUUUCUAUAUGAACGCUGUGUGUUACAUUAUGCUUUUAUGUUGAUUUGGAUCAACCCUUUUUGUUUUUGCCAAGUCUUUGUCUAUGAACUGUUCAGGCAAUUUAAAGUUUACCCAAUGCAUUUAACUUGUAAUCCACUAUGUAUAAAUAUCAGCACUAACAUUGUAAAAAUAAGUGGAUCGAAUUGUCACGUAGAUCAAGAUACUCUAAAUGUAAAUGGUCUUUAUAAAAAUUUGUGAGAUGUACUAGAGUUAUGAUAAAGGAUGGGACGAUAAUUUAUGUAAUCAUGAGAAUCGCCAACAAAGAUGAUCGCCAUUAUAUCACCUAAAUGUGCAGAAAAAAGCUAUUUAACCACAGGGGAGUCAACAGGGCGCAGGGGCAAAGGGUCCAUUAUCCCAGGCCCCAGGGUCUUUGUGAGUCUUCUUGACCCGGGCCCCCAAAUUUCUGUUGAGGGCCCUGCUUAUCCAUACUGUUCUCUUAGUAGAUUGUGAUUAGUGAAAACAAGUACAAAGUACAAUUACAUAAAAGUUGUUUAAACAUGGAACUUAUUAACAUUAAAAUAUAAUUAUUCAUGUGGAUAACAUUUUUAAACUGCCAGCAACUUUGAUUGUUAUUGUGAUAUAAUCGUUAAUCGCAAUUAUUUUCGCUAUGAUAAUUGCAACACAAAAUUUCAGUAUCGUCCCAUGCAGAGUUAUGAUAUUGGAAAGUUAAAACUAUGCUCUUGUCACAGCUGUAUUACAUUGCUGCAUUAUGUAUUUGAUAAGGCCAGAGUAUCAAUCAAUCACAACACAAGUUAAUAAAAAUAAUGUCUUUUUCUGUAAAUGCAACCACCUUCUGAGCCACUUAGCAUACUUAGCUUAGCAUACUUUUCCUCUGACCUCUUUGGUAUUUUUUGCUGAUCUGCUGCAUGCACUGUUAGGAAACAUUAGAGGCUUUAACACUGCGUUUACCAUAUUGUUUAUACUUCACAGCUUUAAGCACUAACUCUGGACAACUGUGCAUGAUGAUGUGAAUUGUAUGUGACAUGCCGGAAGAAAGCUUUAAAUUGCUACCUGUUACUGCAAUAAAGAUAUUUCUCUGAACAUU